CAGUGAGCUAGAAAGAGACAGAAAAACAGGAAUUCUAGAGAGAGAGAGUCAGGGAGGGCUGGGUUAGGUUGAUCCUUUGGGUUGGUUCCAGAUUUUCUGAAAGGUUCUUAUGGAAGAUGGAGCAAGCUCUAGCGGUGUAUUAUGUAUGGGUGCUGAUAUCUUGUUGUCUUGGCCUUUAAUUUCCUCUCCCUCAUUGUUUCUGUGAGAAUUUUGGGUGAAGAAGUAGUGGUUUGAAAAUGGGAAAGAAAGGGAGUUGGUUUUCUGCCAUCAGAAGAGUAUUUUUUACUCCACAUUCUUCUUCCAAAGAUAAGCGCAUCAGUGGGCCAGAAAAGACAAUAUAUCAGGAAAAGAAGAAGGGCCGUAGAAGAAUACUGAAGCGUGGCGAGUUGAAGUCAUUUAUUUUCAGAGAACCAAGUAGUAUUGAGAAGAUAUUGGGAGAGAUAGAUGAGCAGAGGCAACUUGUUCCUCUAUAUUCUGAACAACAAAAAAUCGUUUCUGAGAGGCCAACGUCUCCUAGGAGUACUCCCCCCCGGACUACUCCGUUCAGAGAUGUGUCUCCUAAGCAUUCCCCUCCUAGAGAAGUUUCUCCAAGGGUUGCAUCCCCAAAGCCUGACCCUCUCAUAGUUAGCUCCCAACAAGCUGCCUCUUCUCAUGUUGCCCUUCCAAAGUCUGCUUCUCCUAAGGCGGCUUCUCCCAGAUUUGCUUCUUCUAAGGUGAACCAGAACCGCAAAGAAACCAGUAAUGUUUAUAGAGCAGAACCAACUUUUCAAGUGCUUCAACUUUCAGCUAUUAGGAUCCAGUCAAUCUUUAGGGGUUACAUGGCGAGGAAGAAUUUCAGAUCUUUGAGGGGUUUACUGAGGCUUCAAGGAUUUAUUAGAGGUGAUAAUGUCAAAAAGCAAACCGUUAAUGCCAUGAAACAGAUGCAUCUUUUUGUUAGGAUACAAAAUCAAAUUCGAUUACGUAGGAUCGAAAUGACAGAAAACCAAGCAGCCCAGUGGCAGACUUCCAAGAAUUAUAAGGACGGGGAGAGCACCUUGAGCAAAUGGUCCCUGCCGUCUGAGGCAGGUCACAAUGAGAAUUGGGAUGGUAGCAGGCUGACCAAAGAUGAAGUUGAUGAAAGACGACAAAAAAAACUAGAGGCAACCAUGAAGAGAGAGAGAGCCAUGGCUUAUGCAUAUUCUCAUAAGCUUUGGAAAGCCAAUCCUAAAUACAAAAUGAACAUCCAAUCAAAUGGUUUCCCAUUGUGGUGGAAGUGGUUAGAGCAUGCACUACCUUCUGUAAAUCAUUCUGUAAGCCAGUCUGCUGUUAAAAAAUCCCAUCAAUCACCAGCAAGGGCAAUUUCAGAGUGCACACCAAGACCUCUACUAAGAAAUUACACCGAGUAUGGUGGACAUUUUGAAGCAGAUACCCCAACAUCAACAAAGUCAUCAGUUCCAGCAAGACCAAAACCAUUUCAUACUCCUGGUAGAACACCUCCUUCUUCAAGCCUAAGAAAAAAGUAUGCCCACUCUGGAGCCAGCUUUGCCGGUUCACCUUAUAAGUUCCCUUCGAAGGACGAUGACAGCCUAACAAGCUGUCCUCCAUAUUCAGUUCCAAAUUACAUGUCACCUACCAUUUCAGCCAAAGCCAAAGCCAGUCCAAGGGAGGGAAGUAUAGGAACCCCAUCCAGUCACUCAGGCAGGAGGUUAUCCUAUCCUUUGAAUGUGGGGUCAUUCAAGUGGAACAGAGGUUCCAGCAAAGGCGGUGCUUCAUCUCUGAAGGAUUUUAGUGGAAGUGCGGAUAGGUUGAGUGUGGAUUCUGCUGUUUCUAUGCCAGCUUCAGUUGAUAGGAAACCAUUUAACAGAUUUGUGUGACCCCAUUGUGUGGCUAGAUUGUUUUCCUUUUGUAGUGUGAAGCUUUUUCUGCAUGCAUUGGGUCAUUGGGUGUGUGUGUAUUGAGAUUGUGCUUUAUUGUGCUUAUUCCCAAAUACUGAUUGUGGUUGAUAUUGCAUAUUGGUAUUAGUGUAAUAGUGUUUAUUCUCUAACGUUGCAUUUUUUGAGCUUUUGGGAUCAAUGUGUUCUUCAGUAGUUC